AUGUCUACUCCGCCCUCCCCUCGUAGCAUGUCCCCCAUCCACACAAAGCACAGGGAAGUCCCCGGGGUGGAUCUGAAGCCCAGGGCUGGUGACGCGACCAACACCCAUCGCCCCGCUGGCGCGCUACCGUGGGAAGAGGAGCAGUUACCGCGGGAGUCAUCCCUCAGCGGCGGCGCCACGGCGGCGGCAGCUGCAGCAGCGUCCAGGGACGUGUGUCAUGACCCUCUCCCGGAAGAAGACCUGAGCAACGCCACCAUUGUCCUUGCGCCCGCUGCCGAAGCGACGACGACGAGGACAAGGCUCUUUGGGAGGAGCCUCCGCAGGUUCUCCGACACCCUGGCGUCUUUCCCCCUCCGCCACCUGCACAUCAGGGGGUCCAGUUUUGCAUCCCCCCUAACGAUCACGUCCGUGUGCCUGGAGCCGUGCCAUACACCUGGCGCGCAGGAGACGGCAUCAGCAGACAGCAGUGCGGCGGCGGCGACAGCGACAGGGAUGACAGGGAUGACAGGGAUGACAGUGCGCACCACGGCACCCGCCACUCACCACGACCCUACCGGCACUAUCGACAUGUCCUUCACCCCCAGGGUCCGCGGCGCGCCGUUGUCGCCGCCGCCGACGCUACCGGGGCCCGCACACGAUGCGGGCAACGGCUUGGUCACCCCUAUCCGCUCGCUGCCGAGCCGCAUCGUCUCUAUCGUCAUCCCCUCCCUGUGCGCCUUCCGCGAUCGGCUGCGCAGGAUGUCGCUGAAGCAGAUCCUGUGGGUUAUCCUCCUCGUCUUCCUCGUCAUGGUCGGCAACUUCAUGCAGAUUGUGAUGCUGAACUUCUGGCUCAUCGCCUUCCCCUCCGAUGGCACGCCCGGCAACUACACCGCCUUCGCCGUGCCGGGCAUCUUCUUCGCCGUUCUAUUCACGCUCCUCCUCGGCGCCUACACCGCGAUUCGGCGGCCGUCGCUGCGCUUCGCCAGGCACGCGCACGGCUGGGUGAUCCUCAUCGGUGUCGGUUUCUGCGACGCCUUCAACAGCUGGCUGGCCACGUACGCCGCGUCGUACACCUCCGAGGUGCUGCAGGCGCUCUUCUCGAACCUCUGCCCCCUCUACGCCGUGUUCCUGUGCAAGUGGAUCCUGCACGACACGCGCCGCUACGCCAACGUCUACAUUGUCUCCGUCUUCCUGCUCACCAUAUGCGGCAUCCUCGCCGCCUCGCUCCACGGCCUCAUCAGGGACCACAACAUGGGCGAGGGCAAGUGGUGGAUCCUCAUCUUCUUCCUCUCCAUGCCGUUUCGCGUCCUGAUGAACGUGUGGCAGUCCCUGUACAUGAUCGUCUACACCCACGACCCGAACUUUGUCCUGUGGCUGCGCACGCGGCUGGCGACCGCGGAGGCUGCCGCCGAACCGGUCACCGCCGCGGUGGAGGGCAACAACGAGGUCACCCCCGACACCUCCGACACAUUUUUCCAGGCUGGCGCCGACGUGGCCGCUCCCCGCGCCUCGCCUCUGGACGUGGACUGUGCGAAGGCGGCCCCAUCGAUCGCGCGCUACGACGACCGCGCAUUGAUGGGUGGACUCGAGGACGAGGAGGACGACAAGGAAGAGCUGGGCAACCCGAGACCUGCAGGACACCCCAAGGCGAAGCUAGCAAGCUCGGCGAAGCCGAACUCCGUACGUGCUACCGACCAUGAUGCUGUGGGGGACAUCACGGAGGCGCAUGACCCGGCGACAAGCAACAGCUCGGAUGGCGCUCCCGGUGGUGUUGCUCCCAUCGCCCCGGCAGCAUCGCCAAGCGAGCCCAUUGCGAGUCUCAUGAACGUGCAUGGUGCGGUCCAUAGCCUGAGUGGUGUUGAGGACGGUGAAUACUUGCGUCCGACCGCGACUGGCUCGCCGCCGCUGCCGACGCAGACCAUGUUCACGGUGCGCUACAACCAAGGUGAGGACACCAUCGUCAAGCUCGUCAUGCUGGCGGGUGAGACGAUGAUACAGCUGUGCUUCACGUUGUGCCUGCUCCCGGCGGACGCGCUGCCGUGGUGGGGCAACAGCGAAACGGUCAGCGCGACCUUGUACAACUUCGUCGAGGGCAUCCGCUGUGUCUUCACGAUCCGAGACAACUUCCUCUACUGCUUCCUGUACACGCUCGGCUUCGCCUUCACGUACGUCGGGUGCGCCUACCUGAACCACUAUAGCGCCGCCCUGUGCUCCAUCGUUACCCAGCUCUCCUCCCCCGUCACAGCGCUCCUGCUGGUCAUUGUGCCGACGUGGAACGUGCAGGUGGACGGCGACUCGCCGUGGUACUGCAACAUGAUCGCCAUCCUCUUCCUGUGUGUCGCAGCACUCAUCUACGUCAUGUGGGAAGAGAUGACGGAUGACGAGAAGGUGCAAGCAGAGUACGAGCUGAAGAUGAGGGAGCUGCGCGUGCGUCCGUCGUCGCACGAGACGCCACAUCUUGUUACGAUACAGGGGUGA